UGAAUGAAUGAAUAGUCGCUAUUCAUUACUCCCCAUAGUUGAUGAUAUUUUGUCGUACCAUAUUAACCUAUAUCUCUCUCGAUCGCUCUGUGUCAAUACUACACACGUAAUUAUCAUAUAACGUUUUAAUUUUUCUUGUUAAUUUAUUUUAAAAUGUUUAAAUGCGAGCAAUGUUUUUUGAAAUUCGUAUACAAGUCAAAUUUGAUCGCUCACCGAAAAACACAUCUCGAAAUGUUUAAAUGUCGACAAUGUCCUUCGGAAUUCACGGUGAAACGUAGUCUAACUAAACACGAAAAAAAUCACAACGCCGAGCGUAUCCCAUGUAUUAGGUGUGGUAUUACGUUCAGUUAUAAGGCCGGUCUCAAUAAACAUUUGAAAAAUGCUCAUGGUAUAGUACAAAUCGCGCCACACGUUUUUGUGCCAGACUUACAGCCUGGUACAUCAUCCGUUCGUAAAGAUUGCGUAUCAACUGUACGAGAUAAACAAAAUGUCCGCUUAUCACCCAUUCAAGAUAACGCGAGGGACGAAUUUACGAGUAACGCGAAUGAAUGCUGGGAGGUUCUAGACGAUAUUGAUCUUUUCGGACAAAAUGAUCGCUUUUCACCAGAACGAGAUAACACGAUGGACGAAUUUUGGAGUAACGUGAAUGACGCUGAAUGCUUGGAAGUUCUAGACACCGUUGAGAAUCUCGGACUUUAUGAUUCUCAAGAUUCAUACACUACGCUCGUUAAUGGCAAACGUGUCUCCAGUGCAAAUACAACGUCGGCUGUUAGGCUAAAAAAAUUACGUUUAAAUCUCGUAAAGUCUUCAGGAUUUACACAAAUCUCUACAUCAUCAAAUCAUACAAUUACCUGGUAUUACGUGAAAAAUACCAACAAUAUUCAAAACUAUAUCUACUUUCUUGAUUCGAUUAAAUCCGAACUAAUCAAUUUACUAAAAUCAAUUGUGAGUAAAAAUCCGAUCAAGUUUAAUUUAAAGCUUGAGGCGACAUAUAAUAUACCGAAUGUGGAAUAUUCAUCGGAAAACCGUGCUUUUAAAACAUCGGCUAAGGCGAUUUUCUGUGAUACCGGAGUACAGGAAAUUGUUGAAGAGGCAUUCGCUAAAUUAAUGAAAGAGCAAGACGAGUAUACAAGCAAGGGUAGUGGUUUCACAUUACAAUGUAUAGACGGUUUAAUGUUAGGUGUAUAUAAAUAUAAACCUAUAGGCGGCUCAUCAUACAUACAACUACCAGGCGCAAUAGAAAAUAAAAAAGCUGUGAUUAAUCCGCAGAACUUAGACUCACAAUGCUUCAAAUGGGCGAUCCUAGCAAAACAUGUUACAGGAAAUAAUAAACAUCGUGUUGGUGAUAAUUAUUUUAAACACCAAGAAAAAUAUAAUUUUACAAAUCUAUCAUUUCCAACACCACUAAAUCAGAUUAAAAUUUUUGAAAAAAAUAAUCCAAACGUCUCUGUCAAUGUUUACGGUAUCGAUAAACAAUUUCAACCACCGAAAUUUCCGGAAUAUAAAGUAUUUCCACUAAAAGUAGUACAUGAAGAAAAACCCGAUCACUUCGAUCUUUUACUAAUUUCAGACCAGGACGAUAACACACACUAUAGUUACAUCUCUAAUUUUUCAAGACUCAUUAGCACUCUAAAAACCAAACAUAAUGGACAGUUAAUUUUCUGCAAACGGUGCUUUACAUCAUUCGAUAAACAACAAUACAAAUAUAAAUUAAACGGAGUUGCAGGACUUGAACAACAUAAAUUAAUAUGUGGGGAACACAAGCCCAUACUACCUCAGUUACCUGAACCCGGAUCAAUACCCGAGUUUACUGCAUGGGAUAAAACGCAACGUCAUCCUAUAGUAAUUUACGCAGAUUUCGAAGCAAUUCUAAAGAAAAGUGAUGAGAAAAUUGGAGAAAAAACAACAGCUUUUCAAGAACACGAGCCCAUGAGCUAUGGGUUUAUGGUUAAAGCAAAUGAAGAAAUACCAGUGGAACUGCUUGAAAAAUUCGGAAUUCCGACAUCGCCUGUAAUUUACCGUGGAAAUGAAAAUAAUAAAGACGUGGCGAGACAUUUUAUAGAUAGUAUUGUGAAUAUAGGUCAAAAAAUUGAAAAACUACUCAAAACAAACACCCCUAUAAUUUUCACUAUUGAACAGCGGAGAACACAUGAAACAUGUAAUACUUGUAAUUUAUGCAAAACCAAAUUUUCUCAUGAAAAUCAUAAAGUGGCUGAUCAUUGUCAUUUAUCAGGGAAAUUUAGACAAUCAUUAUGCAAUACGUGUAAUCUUAAACUUCAAACACCUAACUUCGUACCAGUAUUUUUUCAUAAUUUAUCAAAUUAUGAUGCACAUUUUAUUGUCACUCGUCUCGGGUAUGAUACAAACUCUAUCUCGGUAAUACCAAACAGCGAAGAAAAGUUUAUUACGUUUUCAAAAUACAUUAGCAACUUCUUCACAUUAAGAUUUAUCGACACACUAAGAUUUAUGGCCUCCAGUUUAUCAACACUUUCAAAAAAUUUAAUUACACCAGGAUUUGAAAAGUUUAGAGACAGUGCAAAACAUUUUUCUACACAAGAUUUACCACUAGUUACUCGUAAGGGGGUAUACCCGUAUGACUACACAGAUGAAUGGGAUAAGCUUGAAGAAACCAGUUUACCGGCGAAAAAAUAUUUUUACAGUACAUUGGACGAAUCACAUAUAAAACAUGAGGAUUUUGAGCAUGCAAAUACAGUUUGGAAUCAUUUCAAUGUCAAACACUCGGGGAAUACUCUGAUCUUUAUUUAA